AUGGCUUCGGGUUUUGGUCUCAAUGGCGGUCCCUCCCGCUGCUACAACUUCUGGCAGGAGGUCCUCGGCUGCUACGUUGUCAACGCCGGCGACGGUGAGACCGGCAAGAAGAAGUGUAUGCCCGCUUUGGAGGAUUACUACGAGUGCCUGCACCACAGAAAAGAGGCUUUGCGAACAAUGAAGAUGCAGGCCGCCUACCGGAAGGCCGAAGCCGCACACCCCCGGGAGAACGCGCCCAAGGCAGAGCAGAUUCGCAGUUUGGGGCUGCUAGGGAAGGAAGAAGAAGCAUCUGCUUUUCUGACGAAGGCUUAA